AUGGAAAAUUUAGAUACUAUUCCAAGAAAUAGUGAGUUUGAAUUGCAACAACUUGAUAUUGUACAGAAUAAAAUUGACAAUACUCCCUCAUCUAUAGUAAAAGUUGCAGGGCAAAUAGCUUCUAGAGUUAUUGGUAGUGCGGCUAGUCACUUUAUAUUAAUUAUAUUAUGUAUAAUUCAAGUUCUAUGGUCAAUAUUUCUAGAUAUAUAUAGUUUCAUAUAUAAAGGAAUAUCAUUUUCAAUUGCAAUAUAUUGUAUAUAUGAUGCAUUAACUAUAUUUUGCAAUUAUAAAAAGUUGGAAAUAACUAAAUGGCGUAGUGUAUUUGAUAUUUUGGAUGGUAUAAUUAGUAUUAUAAUUGGAAGUAUUGGUUUUUAUGACCCUUUAUUAUUUCCAGUUGGAUGUAUAAAAUUAUUAAAUUAUGUUCUUAAUUUUUCGAGGAUUUUGAGAUUAUUAAGACUACAAGUUGGAUUAAAUAAAAGAUUUUAUGAAGAUGGAGAAUUCUGUCUCGAUUUAGUUUUUAUAACAGAUAGAAUUAUUGCAAUGGGAUUACCAGCAGUUGAUAUAGAAGCUACUUAUAGAAAUCCUUUGGAUGAAGUCUCAUUAUUUUUCUCAGUGAAAUAUCCUUUCCAUCAUUUAGUAGUAAAUUUAUGUAAUGAGAGAGCUAAUUAUUCUUCUACAUAUUUUCACAGUAUACUUACUUGUCCAUUUCCGGAUCACCAAGUACCAACUUUAAGUUCAAUGUUUAUCUUAUGUUAUAUACUAUUUGAAUAUUUGAAGUUUGAUAAAGAAAAUGUUGUAGCUGUACAUUGUAAAGGUGGUAAAGGACGUACUGGAUUAGUGGUAACUGCAUGGUUAUUAUACUCAAAAUUUUCUUCUAAUGUUAAAGAAGCAUUAUCAUAUUAUGCUACUAGGAGAACAGAUUCUCUUUUACCUGGUGCUCCAAAAACUAUAAGAAAUCCAUCCCAAUUACGUUUUCUUGAUUACUUUAAUAUUUUAUUAUCAUAUAAAGAUGUUAAAUUUAAACAAAAAGAUUCAAAUAAUUUAAUUAAAGAAUCAAAUGUUUGCUUUAAGAAAGAUAUUAUAGAUGGAUUUGUUUCUGGAUAUACUUGGUCAAUAAAAAAAUUCCAGAUUUCGAGAAUAAAUAAACAAAAUGAAAGAUAUGAAUGGUCAUUUUCUGAUUUGAAAUUGUGUGACGAGAUAGGAUUACCAUAUUGCCUAUUUGAUGAUUUAUUGAUUAAGCCAAUACAUUUAGAAAUUUUAAAGAAUGGUAUUUCAAAUGUAUACGAAUGGAAGAUAUAUCUUCAUUCAGAUUGCAAUAUAAAAAAUUAUUUAAUUAAAAAUGUCUCAUCUACUAAACCUUGGUCAAUUUCCAAAAGUAAAUAUUUACAGCUUUUAAGUCAAAAUAAAGAUUUUGUAGUAUAUCAAUAUUAUGAUGAGAAUGUUAAUCAAUUUUCUAUUAUUGAUAAAGAUCCUUUGGAUAUGUUAAAUAAAUUAGUGAAGUCACUAGAUUUUCAACCAUUUCAAGGAGAUUUAUUAAAAAGUUCAAAAGAUAGAAAUAUAGAAGAUUUUGAAGGAUGGAUUAGUAAUGAAUUUGUAAUUAAGAUAUAUCCAUUAUCAGAGGAAAGUUCUGUCUAUGAAGAUCCUGCUGAAACAGGUACAUUACAUAGUGAAGAUAUUUGUUUUGAUAAAGAUACUUUAAGGAAAUCAUCUAAUUGCCUUCGACUAAAUGAAUUUGUAAGAUCUAGUUCAGAUUCAUUUGGAAGUUGUAUUACAUCAGAUUUAUCAAUAAAUCAAGAAAAUACUAAUGAAGAAGAUUAUCUAUUAAAAGAAAUAAAUUUUGAUUCUGUAGAUUCUAAUAAAAAAAAUAAAAUACUUGACUCACUACAAUACCCUUUAAGAAAUAUUAAGAAAUGGAGCUUAUCUUUAUUUUCUAGUUCAAUACCAUUUGCUCAUAUUUGGUUUCAUCCAUCUUUAGUUCAUAUAUCAACUGAUUCAAGAUAUUGGUAUUUUAUAGUAGAAUGGGAUAAUGAAGAUAAUUGUUGGAUAGUUAAAGAAUGUUUCUUAACAGUUCUUUUAAAAGCUCCCCUUAACAUUGAUUUAAGACAACCAGGAUUUGAAGAUAUAUCAGUUAAUAUAACAUUCCAGUAUAAAUAG